GCUGACGCGUCGAAGUUUUCUCUUUUUUUCUUUCUCUUCGACGUGUCAGUGUUCUUCUGUGCCGAGCUGUGUGCCAUACAAUCCGUAGAAUGGCUCCUAAAGGCAGCAACAAACAGCAGUCUGAGGAAGAUCUUCUUCUCCAGGACUUCAGCAGGAACCUUUCAGCCAAAUCUACAGCACUGUUUUACGGAAAUGCGCUUAUCGUCUCUGCCAUCCCCAUCUGGCUGUUUUGGAGGAUUUGGCACAUGGAUCUUGUCCAGUCUGCAGUUCUGUACGCUGUGAUGACUCUAGUCAGCACCUACUUGGUUGCUUUUGCCUACAAGAAUGUCAAGUUUGUUCUGAAACACAAAGUUGCCCAGAAACGUGAGGAUGCCGUUUCUAAAGAGGUAACCAGGAAGUUGUCUGAAGCAGACAACCGCAGGAUGUCCCGCAAGGAGAAAGAUGAAAGGAUCCUGUGGAAGAAGAACGAGGUUGCGGAUUAUGAAGCUACCACCUUCUCCAUCUUCUACAACAACACGCUGUUUCUGAUCCUCGUGAUCAUCGCUUCCUUCUUCCUCCUGAAGAACUUCAACCCCACUGUUAACUACAUUCUGUCCAUAUGUGUUUCCUCUGGACUUAUUGCUCUGUUGUCCACUGGCUCCAAGUAAAUGAGGAACAAAAGGGGAAAAUUACAAGACAUCCUAAACUGUGGGACUGGACACAGACUGAGGAGCAGAUUAAACCAGGAUGGAUGUUUUUCAUUAGGAUCGGGAAGGGGGUUUGUGAUUGGAGCUCUUUUUAUAAUAAAGUCACCACAUGAAGUUGA